UUAGUACUUGCGCACAGCCAUACAUUUUAAAAAGGAGGUGUAUUGACCCAUUUGAUGUAAGUAGUGCAGGUUUAGAUAAAGCGUAAGAGUUGCAGCCUUGAACGAGGACCGUGAUAAAUCUUAACUCCUGUGUUUAACCAUGGCGGAAACAAAAGACAGAAGAACGUGUGUAAUAGCUGUGGACGGAAGCAACUAUGCAACAGAAGCUGUCAAGUGGUUUAAGAAGAACGUGUACAGGCCCGGGGACUCUGUGUUACUAGUGACAGCAAUAGACCACCGCAAACACAUGCAAUACGGAUUGCAUAUUUCACCAAAAGCUGUCACAAUGACGCCAGGGAAUCCGGACUCCAUCACACACGCCUUCGCCGCAGAAGACAAGAAAGCUAACGAGUUGUUAGAAAAAAUGAAGACCGUCACUGACGGGUUAGGGAUGGAGGCUGAAUUUGUAAAAAUGUCUGGAGAACCAGGGGAAUGUAUAGUUAAAAAAGCAAAGGAUUCCGGAGCGGAUCUUAUUGUCACUGGAUGUCGAGGGCUGGGAACUAUUAGGAGAACAAUCAUGGGUAGUGUGAGUGACUACAUCAUCCAUCACUCCGAAGUACCUGUAUUUGUUGUACGUCACUAGAGACAGGACGAUUUCGCUGGUCAUUAUAUGAUCAACACCGAAACCCAAUAGUGCAAUGGAGCAUUGAUUUCUUUAUUUUACAUUCUUUUGCAACUAUCGAUCUUUAAUAUAGAUAUUUUUUUAAUUUUUCUUUUUUGAGAAAUUAAUUAACCUUUUAAAGUCAAAAUCAUUUGUAAUUUAAGGUAAAUUCUUUAUCUUUAGAUCUUACAACUUGUCCUUUCAUGAGGUUUAUAGAAACCUAUAUAUAAUUGUAAAGACAAAGUAUACAUAGCAUGUUUCUUACUGAUUUUCAAGCUGUUUUAAGAACAAUAAGUGGUAUUGGUGUUAGAUUUGGUAUUUUAUAUUGUUUCUGUAAUUUUGGGGCCAUGUAUUGCAUAUAUAUUAUUUUCGAUGAGCUAUAGAUUUUGGAGAGAAGUACAUGUACUCAACGUUCAGAGGUAUAAAUUUGAUUCAAAAUCUAUUUGUGUUGUACAUUUUAUUGAAAAGUUUUUGAGUAGAAUGUUCAUUUUAAUGUUAAUGUUUAUCCUUGCAAACCUAUGGUUGAAUUUCCUGUGGUUGUUUUCCUACCAAUGUUGGUUAAUUAACUGUGGAUUGUAUACAAUAUAAUGUGGUUAUAUUAUAUCAUAUGUAAUAAGUGUUUCUCAUCGUUCAUUUGUCUAGCUAGUGAAGAAUCUACAAACAACACAAAUCUUUGAAAAGAGCAAUGUAAAGGGGAGCUGCCCUAACAUCGGCACUGCUUAAUUAAUAACGGUUGUUUAUUUACAUAUUUACAACAUACAAAAUAUAGUAAUAAACAAAGUUUACAUAUGAAAA